CUUUAAAGUAGAGUUUUGGUUUGGAUUAGAUAACGAUCAUUAAAAGAGAGAGAGAGAGAGAUGGUGGUGGUGGUGGCCGGUCCUCUCUUCGUCUCGUCAUCGCCAUUGAUUUCGAGACGACUGGAACUUGCCUUUCCGACCUCGGUUACAUCGUUCAGGAAUUCCCGCGGGUUGAGAGUUUCAUGCGAUUACUCCUGCAUCGAAGUUAAAGGCGUUAGUUAUCGACCCUCUGGGACCCAGCACAACCUUUUGAAUGAAGUUAACUUUUCCCUUCCUGAGAAAAGCUUUGGUUUGAUCUUCGGGCGGAGUGGAAGUGGAAAAACUACUCUCUUGCAGCUUCUUGCUGGAUUGAACAAACCAACGUCAGGGUCUAUUUAUAUUCAAAGAUAUGGAAAUGAUGGCCAACCAACUCAAUCCCCUGAAUUAUUAUCUCCAGAAAGAGUUGGUAUUGUUUUCCAGUUCCCUGAGAGGUAUUUCUUGGCAGACACUGUACUUGAAGAGGUUACAUUUGGAUGGCCAAGGCAGAGAGGAGGCCUUCCAUUGAAAGAAAAACUUGCCCUGCGACUCCAAACAGCUAUCAAUUCGGUUGGACUGAACGACAUAUCCUUAGAUGAAGAUCCUCUCAAUCUAAGUGGUGGUUACAAGCGUCGGCUUGCUCUUGCAAUUCAAUUAGUACAAAUCCCAGACCUAUUGAUAUUAGAUGAGCCUCUUGCUGGUCUUGAUUGGAAAGCUCGUGCAGAUGUUGUGAAGUUAUUAAAGCAUUUAAAAAAGGAGCUAACUCUGCUCGUUGUCAGUCAUGACCUCAAAGAGUUGUCACAUUUAGUGGAUCGGUCGUGGAAGAUGGAAAUGGGUGGAUUUUUAAAAGAAGAACCGCUACCAGUUUCGUUGCUGUAGUCUGGUAUUGCAUGCAUGUUCAACGUUAUGAUAUCAUUAAUGGGCUUUGCUGAAAAAAAAAAAAGAUUUCUAUUUGUGGUGCUGUGUCCUAACUAUUUCAUAGAUUCAAGUUUGACAUCACAAAGUGCUAAUAGAAAGGAAUAGCAAUUGUACAGCUAUAACCAAUCCAAAUUCUCCAUAACCAUUUGUCAACAGCCUUCUUAUGGUUCUA